CAGUGGAGGAUUUGCGCGCGGUCUAUCAGUCUGUCACAGACAGAUCAAUAACUUCACACUACAGUUUUCUUCCGAUAGUGAUCAAUACUUGGGAUUCUGCCGACGUUGUCCAUUAACUGAUUCGGAGUUGAGAGACUUUCUUCGGACAGAUUAUCGAGUUUAAAUUAAAUUUACUUCAAAAAUUCAGAUUUUGUCAGACCAGCAGCAGCAUGGAUGAGUCGGAGCUGUACAGUUCAGGGGACGACGACGACAUCUCUUUGACCGGAAGUGACUUUGAGUUUCAGCUGAAAACCUCUGGGAGAAAACUGACCUCGACACGGGGAGCAACUUCUCCUCAGGAGGUUCAUCCUCCGUCAGUCAGCGGUUCGAGCUCCAGCCAAUCACAGGCUUCGAAGGACAGCCAAUCAGAGAUCCCAGAGGGCCACACACACACCUCUGCGUCUCACCUGUACGAGGCCGUGCGGUCGGGCCGUAGUGCGCUGCAGACGGUGACCGAUGAUUGGCUGGACGAGUACAGGCGUGACCGGGAGGCGGGGCUUCUGGAGCUCAUCAACUUCAUUGUUCAGUGCAGCGGCUGCAAAGGUGUCGUCACCAGAGAGAUGUUCAGCAGCCUGCAGAACGCUGACAUCAUCAGUCACCUGACCAAAGAUUUUAACGAGGACUCGGUCAGUUAUCCGCUGGUGUCGCUCGGCCCUCAGUGGCGUCACUUUCGCGAGGGUGUGUGUGAGUUUGUGUCUCUGCUGGUCCGCGGAUGCCGCCACACUCUCCUGUACGACGACUUCCUCUUCUCGUCACUCAUCGCUCUGCUCACGGGUCUGGCCGACUCGCAGGUGCGCGCCUUCAGGCACACCAGCACACUCAUCGCCAUGCGCUUGAUGUCGUCUAUAGUGUCGGUCGCUGCAGAUGUGAACGCUCUAGCGCUGAUGACCCAGAGACGCUGCGAGCUGGAGAAGAACAAACCAGUGGAACAUCGAGCCGUACACCGAGCAGAAGAACUAGAGAACUCCUACAGAGAGCUGCUGGAGCAUCAGGAGGACCUGCGCUCUCUGAUGAACGGGAUCUUCAAGGGUGUGUUCGUGCACCGGUACCGGGACCGUGUCCCUGAGAUCCGGGCCGUGUGUAUGCAGGAGAUGGGCGUGUGGAUCCGGGACUAUCCCGCGCGCUUCCUCAACGACGAGCACCUCAAAUACGUGGGCUGGAUGCUGCAUGACAAGCAAGCGGCGGUGCGUCUGCAGUGUGUGUUGACCCUCCAGAAGCUGUACGAGCAGGAGUUCAUCAGCCGCCUCGAGCUGUUCACCAGCCGCUUCAGGGAACGGAUGGUGUGUAUGAUCCUGGAUAAGGACUCGGAUGUGGCCGUGGAAGCAGUGAAGCUGAUGCUGCUCAUCCAACAGCAGACAGAAGAGGGCCUGAGUGAGGACGAGUGCGCUGCUGUGUAUCCUCUGGUUUUCUCCACACACCGAGGUCUCGCCUGCGCAGCCGGAGCAUUCCUGUACCACACGCUGUGCAGUGUGUUGGACAAGCGCUCAGACAAACGCAGUGUUUGUUUUCUCCGUUUGCUGGCUCAUUUCUUCAUUAAGAGCGAGUAUCAUGAUCACGCUGCGUAUCUAGUCGACAGUCUGUGGGACGUUGCGCGGGCUGAGCUAAAAGACUGGGAUGUGAUGACAUCACUCUUGCUGCAGGAAGGAGGUGUGGAGGAUGAGCUGGAGAGUGCGUUGAUUGACAUCAUGAUGUGUGCAGUGAGACAGGCAGCCGAGGCCACGCCCCCCCCCCCACGCUCCACCAGGAAGACUGUGACUGCGCGGGAGAAGCGUCUGCAGGUCCAGGAACGAAAGCGCAUCACUAAUCACUUCAUCCCUGUGUUUCCUCAGUUGCUGGCGAAGUUCUCUGCAGACGGGGGUAAGGUGAGCCGGCUGCUCUCAGCGCCGCUGUUCUUCCAGCUGGAGGUGUACGGCACAUCCGGACGCCUGGAGAAAUGUCUGGAUCUGCUGCUGUCUCAGGUGUGUGACGUGCUGCUGAAGCACAGUGAGGAGUGUGUGCUGGAGGCGUGUGUGCGCGUGCUGUGUGCGCUGUGCGCGGACCGCUACUCGUUCUGUGGGCGUGUGCAGAGAGCCGUCGGACAGAUGCUGGACUCCACCGUGGAGAAGUUCAGCGCGAGCCUCAGCGAGAUCCUGCAGGGAUCGGCUGAUGAAGAUGAUUUCUACAGAGCAGCUUCCUCUCUGAACGUUCUUGCCAUCUUCAGCAGUGCCAGAGAUAUGACAGGAAGAAACCUGUUUGAGUUCUGCUUUCAACUGCUGAAGAUGGGAGUGGAGACGAGAGAAAUCAACGAAAAGUUGAUGGUUCCAGCUCUGAAGUGCGCAGCCUUCCAUUUGUUCUGGAAAGGAGUGACGAUCACGCAAUACACUGCAGAAACACACAAGGUGGAGCUGAAGCGUGUGCUGAAGUCUCUCCACUGCUUCUGUGUGGUGUGUGUGAGCUGUCUGUCCGCGGCCCAGAGUCACGUCAGGAACCAGGCGUUUGUGUGUCUGUGUGACGUGCUGCUCGUGUUCGGGAGUGUGUGUGACGGAGACGGUUCGCCGCUGCAGCGCUUCAGUCCUGAUGAGUCUCUGAAAGCAGAAAUGGCUUCUUUCAUCAUCGAUUACGUCUUCAGUGAGGAAGAGCUCAACGGCGAGGAUGAGGAUGAGGAGAGGAAGAUGGCUGCUUUGCUGCAGAGGAGGAUACAGUUGGCUGGAUACUGUAAACUCAUCAUAUACGGCGUCCUGGAGCUCAGAGCCGCCACGGACAUACUCAAAUACUACAAUAAGUUCUACAGGGAUUUUGGUGACAUCAUCAAAGAGACUCUCAGCAAAACCAAGAUGAUCAGCUCUGUGGAAAGUGCCAGAACUGUGUGCUUGUGUCUGCAGCAGCUCUUCUCAGGCCUCGAGCAGGACCGUCGUGAUGAAGAGAUGAUGGAGAUUAGAUUUCUGGCAAAGAAACUGGCGGUGAACUUCAGCAUCAACCUGCAUGUCGUCCGCGAGCCGCUGCUGGCGUUACACCAGGACGGCGUCCGGUUUGCCAGUCAAGGGCUUGAGAAGGGCGACUUGAUGAAUCUGGGUUUUCUGGAGAUUCUCAGUGAGUUCAGUUUCAAACUCCUGCAGCCUGAACGCAAGCAGCUGGCAGCGGAUCUGCGUCGGGUUUGUUCGUCGGCCCUGAACUCUGUCUUUGUGAGGAUGUAUGAACGAUCUCUGACUGCAGGAACGAGAGAAACGGCAGCGUCUGCUGCUCACACACCCAGGAGGAAACGCAGACGCACACAGAGUUCGGUCGCUGUGGAAACUGCAGCUGUGAUCCCAGACACUCGUGGAGACGACAUGGACGACAAUGAUUUCGCAGACGAGUUCCUGAGGAAGAGUGCCAGACGGCGCUUCAGUCCUCUCACUCGCAGCGUCCAGUCGCAUCUCAGCACACUCUCUCUGGCUCAUGAAGACGGUUCAGAGGAUGAAGAAGAGCCAGAAAUCGAAGAUUACGAUGAUGAAGACUCUGAGAUGGGCUUCAUUUUGCCGUCCACUCACGGCUCCGCCAGCUUCCUGGAGGACCUGUUCCACUGAUGACAUCAUCUCCCGUUUCACUGAGGGCCGGACAGCUACACUCGGAUUCGCCAAAACGUUAUGAUGUUUAGUUUAGUCUAGUUUAGUGUCCGCUGUGUCUGGUGUUUGCUAUCUCUGCUCCUGUCUCUGGUGUUGAUGGAUAGAGAAGAG